AUGGAUGCCUCCAUCACCUGUGUCCCCUGUGACCUCUGGUCUCCAUCACCUUUGUCCCCCAUCACCUGUGUACCCUGUCACCUGUGUCCCCCAUCACCUGUAUACCCCAUCACCUGUGUCCCUAUCACCUGUGUUCCCUGUCACCUGUGUCCCUGUCACCUGUGUCCUCCAUCACCUGUGUCCCAUCACCUGUGUUCCCUGUCACCUGUGUCCCCCAUCACCUGUGUCUCCUGCCACCUGUAUACCCUGUCACCUGUGUCCCCCAUCACCUGUGUUUCCCAUCACCUGUGUCCCUGUCACCUGUGUCCCCCAUCACCUGUGUCCCCAUCACCUGUGUCCCCCGUUGCCUGUAUACCCUGUCACCUGUGUCCCCCAUUACCUGUGUCCCUGUCACCUGUGUCCCCCAUCACCUGUAUACCCUGUCACCUGUGUCCUCCAUCACCUGUGUCCCUGUCACUUGUGUCCCUGUCACUUGUGUUCCCCAUCACCUAUGUUCCUUGUCACCUGUGUCCCCCGUCACCUGUGUCUCCCAUCACCUGUGUCCCCCCUCACCUGUGUACCCUCUCACCUGUGUCCCCCAUCACCUGUGUCCCCCAUGACCUGUGUCCCCCAUCACCUAUAUACCCUGUCACCUGUGUCCCCCAUCACCUGUGUCCCCCAUCACCUGUGUCCCCGUCACAUGUGUACCCCAUCACCUGUGUUCCCUGUCACCUGUGGUCUCUUGUCACCUUCGUCUCCCAUCACCUGUGUUCCCUGUCGCCUGUGUCCUCCAUCUCCUGUGUCCCCUGCCACCUGUGGCCUGUGUCGUCCAGUCAGAUUGGCAUCUCUGCCCUGGAUUAUCCUUCCAAAACAGAGAUUUGUCCACUUCCCUUCUUAAAAUAUUCCGAGUUUUACAACUGA